ACAGUCUAAACCCUAGGAAAGAACACGGUUGGCGCUGUUGCCAUUCACCACUGCCCUUAAUAGCAAAACCAGGAGGAGAUGACUUUCGAAAUCGCUGGCUAGAUCGUCCUUUGAACAGUCGGCGACGUAUGGAUCACAUGGCAAGAAAUCUGAUUAGUACCUACGGUAGUUCCAAGGAUGGUUAAAUGAAUAAAUCGUCGCCGAACUGUAAAGAAUUUGAACUGAGAAAAUUGAGAGAAUUCUAGCUGUAUGAGUCGAGGUUUAAGAGAGAUUGGGAAUUCAGCGUUCCAUGCAGUUGACUUGUCCAGUGCAUCCAAUUUUGCUGAAGCAAACGCGAAGAGUCACAGGGUACCGACUGACGGAUGGAUCAGAGAGAUUUACUGGGAUCGCUCAAUUUUGCCACUUCAUUGAAAAGGCAAUGGAUGGCAAGAGAAUUUUCAGAGUUUAAUAAGAAGCAAUUAUCUUGUGGGUCUACAGCCAGAGAACGAAUUGACGUGGGGACGGAGACAAUGAUUUGCUUUGUGUCUUUGUUGCACGAUCGCAAAGCUGCCAUGCUAUGUGAGGGGUGGUCACUGAGGGCGUGGAACAUCCAAUCAGAGAUUGAGAUCUAAGUUGAAGAAUUCUCUUCAUAAGCAGGUCCAAUGCGGUCCUUCAGGGUCACUAAAGAUUCUCGUCCAGCUUUGCGGGCUCUCAAAGUCGGUCCCUUGUCCAUAACAUGGACUCCUUACAUUUUCGAAGAUCUGAAAUUACUGGGAUGUCGCCGCUCAACCCCAAGGACCUGCUCUCGACAACCUCUUCAAAUCCCAAACAGCAAACGAUGGGUUUUCACUGCAGGAGCACCUCCUACUUUGACGAAAUCAAUGAAACUCUGCCAAUUCACCGGGGCAGUUCAAUACAGCUCCGGGAGCAGCGGGCGCAGCGGAGGAGGGAGGAGAAAGGAUCCCUCACUUCUGUAUGGAGCAGGAUGGGAGGGUGGUGGUGAAGAUGUAGCUGUUGCAGUGUGGUGGGAUUUUGAGAACUGUAACGUUCCACAGGGUAUCGAGGUUUACAAAGUAGGAGUUAACAUCGUGAGUGGGCUUAGAUUGAGUGGGUUCAAGGGUCCGGUGUCGAUAUCAGCUUAUGGAGAUACAGUGCAGCUUUCGCGAACAACACAGGAGGCGCUUGCUGCGACAGGAAUUCGUUUGCACCACAUUCCAUCAGGUGGAAAGGAUUCUAGUGACAGGGCGCUUCUUGUUGAUCUAAUUCUGUGGACUCUCGAGCAUCCUCCACCCGCACAUUUGUUUUUGAUAUCCGGAGAUCGAGAUUUUUCCAAUGCUCUCCAUAGACUGCGUAUGAGGAAUUACAACAUUUUGCUAGCCUGCCCUGCCGGAACGACAGUUUCUCCAGCUCUACUUGGAGCAGCGACACAUGUAUGGCAGUGGAACAGUCUAGUAAGAGGUGAAGGCUUGCUGCUAGCGACCUCUCCAGAUUUCAGACCACCUGAUGGAUCGCCUGGAGGGGUUUCUUACUCAAGGCACGGGGGUCCAAGACCCUACACUCCUAGCUAUUACCCUGUGUCAAGGAGUUCUGAUGGAAAUGCUCAUUCUGCUGAGGGAGGAGCUAUGCCGACUCCUCCAAGUGCUCCUCCAUCUAGUUCUCCUUCUUCCGUGCAGUCAAAAGCUUUGGAAGCCAAUGGAAGCUCGGUGCCUGUCAUAAAAAAGCCCACUGCAUCACCCGUUUCUCCUGUACAGUCCACUCAGAAACAAGUAGUGAAGGACACUACUUCAGCAUCAGUUGGCACAGAGGGAGGAGCGCUCUCCAGUUCCAAUGUGAAGCCAGUUCUGCGACGACCGCCCCAAAAGUUGUUGCAAAAGUUUAAGUGCCUUCUUUCUUCACAUCCCAAUGGCAUGAUGCUUGCGGAUCUUCAAAACUAUAUUAGGGAAGGAAAGCUCAAUCUUGAAAAGGAUUUUUACGGUCAUGGAAAGGUAGUGCCGUUCCUGUCCUCAAUACCAGAGAUUGUUCAACUGGAUCGUGUUCUGAUGAAGGACAACAAGUCUUGGUCAUACAUCCUACUGACACCGAGUCAGGAUAGUAUUCAAGGCAGCUCAGAAGGAUUUAAGAGUGCUGAAGAAGUAGGUGGUCAAACACGGCAAUCUUAUGAGCAGACUCCAGCUGCUCCCGUGAUAGCGUCCCGAGCCUCGUCCCAUCCGGAGGUUGAAGCUUUAGAAUCAGCAUCACACAUGGAGCAAGAAAAGCUGGAAUCAACAGGAUCAUGUCAGCUUCUCCAGUCAGGUACAAGGGAUUGUGGGAAAGAUGAAAAGCUAGUGCACGUUCAAGCAGAUGGAUCGAUUUCUGACCGGUCUUCUGGAUCCGAAACAGGAGAUGUCGCGUCCAAAUCAGAUAGGACUGUAAACGUUUUUGAAGCCAGUCCGCCCACCUUCCUGAGAUCUUUGGUGGACGCUCUUAAAUCUGUGCAGACGAAGAGAAGUGUAGCGGAAGAUCCCAUUUCUAAACAGCAGGUAGAUGCUGACCUUACUAAGAGGUACAGCGCACUUGAGCAAGUAAACAGUUUCGAAUCAAGGUUCACGUCCAUCCAAGAUGCCAACGAGGGGACUCAGUUUAAUCUUCCCCAUAUAUCUAAAGAAGUGAUCAGAGGAGAGUUUGAGGCUGAUGCUUCAGUUCAAUUAAAAGAGACAGCAGAGGCAAGCAUCAAGGAAGGGACUCGAGUAGAUGCUAGCAAUCUGCUUUCAGUUGACAAUCAACUUUUGUCCGGUGGUCCGCGCGAAAGUUCCAAAGGUUUGAGGAGUGAUAGUGUUGGUACAGAGAACAUUAACCGUCUGGAGUCGGACUUCUUAGAAUCUGCUGGUCCCAGGAGUUCUUUCACUUCAGAGCCACCUGCGAUGGAGAAGUAUAGGAGGACAACAUGGAAGAGGUGGCUGUUUGGUCCUACCUCUGAAGAAGCAUCAUCGACAUCAGGAGCUGAAAUCAGGGAAUUCCCUGAUAACGCAGUAUCCCGGUCAGAUGCAGUCAGUUCGAGUUUGGGACGUGAGGAGGUCAAGGCUGACAGCGAAGUAUCACAUGAUCCUGUCACAAUCCCAGGGGAGUUGACAUCCCCUCAAACAACAGUUAUUGGCAAAACAGAUGGUAGAAACGAGGACUUUUUGUGGGGUCAUUCUUUUGUUAUUCAAACUUCAAAGAGUGAUGCCAGUGGGACGAUGAAGGCGUGCGAAGAACUGAAGGAGUACAUGAGUAGUGCCGAGGGCACCCUUAUUCUCUCAAAUGCGUCAAAUCUGAUGGAGGCCGUAAACUAUAUCAGAAUGAAAGGACCUUUGCAGUUUCGAUAUCUAGAUUCGAAGCAAAUAUCAGAUAUUGUCAGGCCCUUGGCCGAGGCGAAUGGAGGAAUCCAGUGGGAACAUCUGAAUGAUGCUUUCAGCACUGACGGUUCCGCCUCAGUUUCAGAGUCGAAUGAUCAGUUGAAAGCUCAGGUCUCGGUUGCCCAAUCUAACGAACUUCAUCAUCCUUUUGCGGAAAAUCUACGGGAGCAUGCAGCAGGAAGCCUGGUUGAAAGUAAGAACCAUGUUGAUCUUGAUUUCCAACUCGAAGGGAAGUUACUGAGAAACGAAAGCAGAAGUGAUGAUAGAUCUAGAUCAGUCCUGCAGAACAAAGAAGUUGAUCAGAAUGCGAGAGACGAAUCUAGCCUAGAACAAGGAAUAUAUGUUAGUGUACAGGAGGCUUCUCAGAAUCACACUGGACCCAACACUGUGGUGUCUCUUACACCUUUAAAUGGAGCCAGUAGUAAGGUAACCGAUGGAAAGAUACCCCCUCCUAGCCUCGACACGGUCCAUGUAUCAGCUGUACGUUCUCAAGAUUCUCCAGAUUUCAGGGAGCCAUUGUCAGCAGCAUCUCCCAACCUUUCCACUUCUUCCACCACUUUUAUCAACGAGACUCAAGCUGUCCAUCCCACCUUUGAAGAGUUCGAAGAGUGGUUUUUGAGAGUCGUAAACAACGCAUACAGACGUGUUGGGCGCAACCAAAGAGCCGGAUAUGAUUUGUCCUUAGUAAAGCCCGACUUUGAGAGAGAGUUCGGUGUGAGACUAGAUCCCAAAGGAUAUGGGUUUUCCAGAGUGCAGGAUUUAGUAGCUUCGAUAGGUUCGGUCAGACUCUCAAGGCCAAGAAUCGACCAGUGUGUGAUACAUCUGCUCAAGUUUGACGCAGAGGCCUCAGAACGAGCCAACCAUUACCACGAGGAACAAGUAGAGGAAACCAACACCAGCGCUCUCACCAAGUCGCAGAUCUGGCCGAAAAUGUUUCAUGAUUGUAGAACAUUGGUUCGUGAACUGUUGUUGGAAAAUCCUGAAGGCGUCGCUGGCGUCAGGCUUAAACCUCUUUUUGCUAGUAAAUUUAACUAUCCCCUUGAUCACAGACGUGUGGGAUACCAAAGGUUGUCGGAUCUGUUACGCCUCAUGCCGGACCUGGUUUCAGUCAAUGGAAACUUUCUUGUGCCUAGCGAAGAGCUUCUUCGCACUCUGAGAGAAAAGGAGAAAGAUGGAGACAGGGUUCCCCAAAUUGUGAUAAUAGAUGCUGGUAUAGAUAGCUCCAUGGAUGACGAGUUUUCUUCUGACAAUCCGAAUCAAGCAGGGGAGAAUUGGAGUGAGAUUGACAAGGAAGCUAAUGGGUCGUCAUUAUCUGAAGACACCGACGGACAACUUCCGGAGGAUGGACAAGAAUCAACAGAAGAGCAAGCCUUUGGUCCGAGAGUAGUCGAGAAGCUGUCAACCAACGGAGAAAUUCUACAUGAUCUUUGCUCAACCUCUGAGGAUGAGAGUGAUCUGACUAUUGAAGCUUCAGACGACGUAGAUUCUCAAGCUGAGCAGUUCCAGGCAUUCGUUGAAAAAUUUCAGAUGAAGGAGUUGAGAAGGACGACAAUGUCACAUGUCAGUGGAGAGAAGGAAGCAAGAGGUUCCACAAGGAGUUCUUCUCCCUCCAGAGAAUACGACUUUUCGCAAGAAAUUGAUAAGCUUCUUCUGGAGGAUGACCACAUAGAGCAAUGGAUUGCUGAAAAUAGGCCAGAGGAAACACAGGAGUAUGUCGAGAGUUUUAGAUCUCAAGCAGAAGAUACGAGAGAGGCUGAUCCUCCAGCUGUCGAUGGCCACCUUCAUGAAGACUGGAGUACAGAACUAAUGAAGGACGACAUCGAUGACUCAGCUCAGCAGCGCAAUGAUGACUUGUACGCAGAUGGCGCAGGUGUGUAUCGAGACGAAGAAGGAAGUGAAGUUGUACACGGCCGACGUAAGGAGCAAAUGGAAGGAACGUCAAGGGCGAGCGAGGAGCAUGAAACAUUUGUAGAGGAAAGUGCAAAGUUAGGUUCUGAAACCACAUUACGGGAUGGACUUGCUCCAGUCACGAGUAAUGCAAUUGGGCAGAGGCAGCAGGAUGUCCAUGCCGAGUCCCCGGAGCUUACGAAGACACUGCGGAGGAAUGGAGAGCCCUCUGAACCUGUCAAUAACUGGCUUUAUUCCGAGCCACCACAAGUGGGCUCGUCUUUGGUGACUGAACCUCAGGACUCUAUGGCGACUACCGCAAAGGAGCCCUCAGAGGUAAUAAGGGAGUCAGACACAGCGUCAAGGGAGACGGAGGUUUACUGCUACACACCAUUAUGUGAGGGAGCUGGCUCAUCCUCAGACAACUCUCUCAAACCGGCAACUUCAAACAUAAUGGAGGACAAGAGUGAAACUAGUGCAGAGGAAAUCAGCAGUAAAGACAAAACUAGCAAAAUCUCUGAGGAUGUCCAAGAAGGAUACAGUAUUGGAGUAUCUUCGGCUUCAGAAGCGGCAACUAGCAAGUCCAUCUGGCGACGUCUUUUCAGAUGAGGAUCUGCCUGAAGUCGAUCAAUGUCGGUGUUUUGUUGCAUUAUGCUGAAGUAGAAUUAUGGACUUAGAAUCUCAGUUUUGACACAUGAAGUGCUUUGCACCAACAGCAAGGGUUCAGGGAUAUUGAGUCUUGUGCCCACAUUUUUGUCCUCGUUCUCUAGCUUCACUUAUUGAGUUGCCAUUGCCUAAUUAAAAUGACCUCCAAGGUGAUAGGCUAAACGACAUUUGUCAUAUUGAUCUUGACUGCCGAUGUUCCUGAUUCGGGGUUGUCUUAUUAUAAAUGAGGAUAAACUUCGUCGCAGUAACUCCCAAAGUCAUGGAAAUACAAGCAUUCUGUUCACUACUAUCUUCAACGCAUGAGU